AUGAAGAAUAUUCGUGCUGCUGCGCAGAUGGUUACUCGAGCUUCUGGUGAUAUCGAUUAUACUGGUAGGAACCCUGUUGACACGCUUCAAAGGGUCCUGGAUGCCCUAAGGGCAAAGAUCUUGGCUCUUCAGUAUUUGCUUGGGCUCGAUCUUGGAAUGUACAAACCCACCCUGAUGGCCAUGACUACACUAUGGUUGAACGCCACGACAAAUUGUCAACUUGAUCCUGCUCCUUUGCAACUGUUGGCUCUGUGCCUGGUCGCUCCGAGGGCCAUCAGUGACCAGAUCGCCAAUGAUGUCAACAAUAAGUCGUCUCCGAGUGAGAUUGCUGAUGCCUUCUCGAAGUUCAUUGAGGGUGCCGUCGCAUGGUAA